AGGUCCCCGCAGCCUCUCUGCGCUGCACGCAGCCCGCCGCCACCGCUGUACGGCAGCAGCUGCUCCGCGGCGGAGUUGCUGCCCUCCAGCAGUUCCGCUCCGGUUCUUAGCGAGGAGGGAGGUGUAGGGGAGAAGGGCUUUAUUUCGAGGGGAUGCUGAGAAAGCCAUUCCCUCCUGUAGCACGUUGCCUGGGCGUUCCUAUUAUGGAAGUUAAGUGAGAAACUCCGCAGCUUGAACUGAUUUGGGAGAGAGAGAGAGAGAGAGAGAGAGAAGGGGUAGGGCGAAGGGAGAGGAAAGCAAAAUAGCCAAACCAAGCCAAUGGUUUUCCUGCAAAGUGCCAGGAAGUUUGCGGAACACUUUCUAGGAAUCAGGUCCUUUUUCAGAGUCUCUCCUUGUCUUCCGAAGAAAGAGCUUGCUUUUGGAUUGCCAUGGAGCCUAAAGAGAGCCUUAGACACACUUGAAUAAUUCCUCAGCUUGGGCUGGAUUGGUGGGAAUUUAGGAAGGAGCGCGUGUGCGAAGCAGAAGCCUUCGGAGCUCGCUGCCUGCUCUAAUCUGUAUGGAUCUAAAAGUGUCACAUUCAAGACCUUUCCAUCUGCAGCUUUUGAUUGCAAGAUUUCCCUUUCCGCUUUAAGUAGCUGCUAGGAAACUGAAAACUUUUGGACCUACCUCUCGCUGUCUUUGGAUUACUUUUUUUUUCUUUCUUUUUUUUUUCUUUUGGAUCUCUGUGGAAUUGCUCUCGCAAACGAUCGGGAUUGCUUUUAAUAUGUCAAAAUGGGUCUGCUGACGCCACUCCUGCUCUUUGGAUUUGCAUUUUUUCAAGUCUACGGAUCCCGUCUCCGCCAAGAGGACUUUCCACCACGGAUUGUUGAGCAUCCUUCAGAUGUGAUAGUCUCUAAAGGAGAACCAACAACCCUGAACUGUAAAGCUGAAGGACGACCAACUCCUACUAUUGAAUGGUACAAAGAUGGAGAGCGAGUGGAAACUGACAAAGAUGAUCCUCGCUCCCACCGUAUGCUGCUGCCUAGCGGAUCUUUAUUUUUCUUACGUAUUGUGCAUGGACGCAGGAGUAAACCUGAUGAAGGAAGUUAUGUUUGUGUAGCAAGGAACUAUCUUGGAGAAGCUGUGAGUCGCAAUGCAUCUCUGGAAGUGGCAUUGCUACGAGAUGACUUCCGCCAAAACCCUACAGAUGUUGUGGUGGCAGCUGGAGAACCUGCAAUACUGGAGUGUCAGCCACCUCGUGGGCACCCUGAGCCUACCAUCUACUGGAAAAAAGAUAAAGUCCGUAUUGAUGACAGGGAAGAGCGGAUCAGUAUACGUGGUGGGAAACUAAUGAUCUCCAAUACACGAAAAAGUGAUGCUGGCAUGUACACUUGCGUUGGAACCAACAUGGUGGGGGAACGAGACAGUGAUCCAGCAGAGCUGACUGUCUUUGAGCGGCCCACGUUUCUCAGGCGACCAAUCAACCAGGUGGUGCUGGAGGAGGAGGCAGUGGAUUUCCGGUGCCAGGUGCAGGGGGACCCGCAGCCAACCGUCCGCUGGAAGAAGGAUGAUGCAGACCUGCCAAGAGGAAGGUAUGACAUUAAAGAUGACUACACUUUGCGCAUCAAGAAGGCUAUGAGCACAGAUGAAGGCACCUACACAUGCAUUGCUGAGAAUCGAGUUGGAAAAGUGGAAGCAUCUGCUACCCUUACUGUGCGAGCUCCCCCACAGUUUGUGGUGAGACCACGAGAUCAGAUUGUAGCCCAGGGUCGAACGGUGACUUUUCCUUGUGAAACUAAAGGAAAUCCCCAGCCAGCUGUUUUUUGGCAAAAAGAAGGAAGCCAGAAUCUGCUCUUCCCAAACCAGCCUCUCCAACCCAAUAGUAGAUACUCAGUAUCACCAACUGGAGACCUCACUAUUACCAACAUUCAACGCUCUGAUGCAGGCUACUACAUUUGUCAAGCACUUACGGUUGCUGGAAGCAUUUUAGCAAAGGCUCAGCUGGAGGUUACUGAUGUCUUGACAGAUAGACCUCCACCCAUCAUCCUCCAGGGGCCUGUCAAUCAGACACUGGCAGUGGAUGGGACAGCUCUGCUGAAGUGCAAGGCUACUGGUGACCCGCUUCCUGUUAUCAGCUGGUUAAAAGAAGGCUUCACUUUUCUGGGUAGAGACCCUCGAACUUCCAUACAGGAUCAGGGAACCCUUCAGAUUAAAACUCUGCGGCUGUCUGAUACUGGAACCUACACUUGCGUUGCAACAAGUUCAAGUGGGGAAACAUCAUGGAGUGCUGUUCUGGAUGUGACAGAGUUGGGUGGAGCAACAGUCAGUAAAAGUUAUGACAUAAAUGACCUCCCUGGGCCACCAUCCAAACCUCAGGUCACUGAUGUUACUAAGAACAGUGUCACCCUGUCCUGGCAGCCAGGGACCCCUGGAAGCCUACCAGCUAGUGCAUAUAUCAUUGAGGCUUUUAGUCAAUCUGUGAGCAAUAGUUGGCAAACAGUGGCUAACCAUGUGAAGACCACUCUCUACACUGUGAGAGGACUGCGACCCAAUACAAUCUACCUGUUUAUGGUGAGAGCUAUCAAUUCACAAGGUCUGAGUGAUCCCAGCCCUAUGUCAGAUCCCGUCCGAACACAAGAUAUCAGUCCACCAGCACAAGGCGUGGAUCACAGGCAAGUCCAGAAGGAACUGGGAGACGUCAUUGUACGACUGCAUAACCCUGUUGUGCUGACACCCACAACAGUUCAAGUUACCUGGACAGUUGACCGCCAAUCGCAGUUUAUUCAGGGCUACCGGGUAAUGUACCGCCAAACAUCUGGCCUACCGUCUCCAGCUGUAUGGCAGAAUUUGGAGGUCAAAGUCCCAACAGAGCGCAGUGCUGUUCUAGUCAACUUGAAAAAAGGAGUCACUUAUGAAAUUAAAGUUCGCCCGUACUUCAAUGAAUUUCAAGGAAUGGACAGUGAAUCAAAGUCUGCUCGUACCACAGAGGAAGCCCCAAGUGCCCCUCCUCAGUCUGUUACUGUCCUGACAGUUGGAAACCACAAUAGCACAAGCAUCAGCAUCUCCUGGGAUCCUCCCCCUCCAGAUCACCAAAAUGGAAUCAUCCAGGAAUACAAGAUCUGGUGUCUAGGUAAUGAGACUCGAUUUCAUAUCAACAAAACAGUAGAUGCAGCCAUUCGGUCUGUAGUAAUAGGUGGCCUGUAUCCAGGUAUUCAGUACCGUGUAGAAGUUGCUGCAAGCACCAGUGCAGGUGUGGGAGUGAAAAGUGAGCCACAACCGAUAAUAAUUGGAGGCCGUAACGAAGUUGUCAUCACUGAAAAUAACAACAGCAUAACUGAGCAAAUCACUGAUGUUGUCAAACAGCCUGCCUUUAUAGCUGGCAUCGGUGGUGCAUGUUGGGUAAUUCUGAUGGGUUUCAGCAUCUGGCUGUAUUGGCGCAGAAAGAAGAGGAAGGGGCUCAGUAAUUAUGCUGUCACGUUCCAAAGAGGAGAUGGAGGACUAAUGAGCAAUGGAAGUCGACCAGGUUUGUUGAAUGCAAGUGACCCCAGUUAUCCUUGGCUUGCAGACUCUUGGCCUGCCACAAGUCUGCCAGUUAACAACAGCUCUAGUGGACCCAAUGAUCUUGCCAAUUUCAGUCGUGGAGAUGUGUUGCCACCAGUGCCAGGGCAAGGAGAUAAAACUGCUACUAUGCUUUCUGAUGGAGCCAUUUACAGCAGCAUUGAUUUCACGACAAAAACUAGUUACAACAGUUCCAGCCAAAUAACGCAAGCUACACCAUAUGCCACCACCCAGAUACUGCAUUCCAACAGCAUCCAUGAGUUGGCAGUGGACUUACCUGAUCCUCAGUGGAAAAGCUCAAUUCAGCAAAAAAAUGACCUGAUGGGAUUUGGCUACUCUCUCCCAGAACAAGGCAAAGGCAACAAUGCCUUGCUUUACAUCCCUGACUACCGCGUGGCUGAGGGAUUGGCUAAUAGAUUGCCACACAACCAGUCACAGGAUUUCAGCACCACCAGCUCCCACAACAGCUCCGAAAGGAGUGGCAGCCUCUCAGGUGGCAAAGGAGGGAAAAAGAAGAAAAGCAAGAAUACUGCCAAGCCUCAGAAAAAUAAUGGUUCAAACUGGGCCAGUGUUCCCCUCCCACCCCCUCCUGUGCAACCGCUCCCAGGCACAGAGCUGGAACACUACGGGGUGGAUCAACAAGAAGCAGGAUAUGACAGUGAUGGUUGGUGUCCACCCUUGCCUGUUCAGACCUAUCUCCAUCAGGGCAUGGAGGAUGAGCUUGAAGAAGACGAUGAUCGUGUUCCCACACCUCCUGUGCGAGGAGUAGCUUCAUCGCCUGCGAUCUCCUUUGGGCAACAGUCAACUGCAACCCUCACGCCUUCUCCGCGAGAGGAGAUGCAGCCAAUGCUUCAAGCCCACCUUGAUGAAUUAACCAGGGCCUACCAGUUUGAUAUAGCAAAGCAGACAUGGCACAUCCAAAGCAAUACGCAACCUCCUCAGGCACCAGUUCCACCCCUUGGAUAUGUAUCUGGAAACCUUAUUUCAGACUUGGAAACAGAUGUUCCAGACGAUGAUGAGGAUGAUAUCGAAGAAGAAACUCUAGAAAUCAAUAGGCCACUGAGAGGUCUAGAGCAUACUCCAGGCUCCAGUAUGGACAAUUUAGACAGCUCUGUGACAGGUUCAAUGGUAAAUGGAUGGGGUUCUGCGUCUGAUGAGGACCGUAACUUUUCUAGUCAUAGAUCUAGUGUAGGUAGCUCCUCAGAUGACUCGAUCUUUACCAGCGGCAGUUUUGCACAAGCACUGGUUGCAGCAGCAGAUAAAGCUGGUUUUAGGCUGGAUGGAACCAGCCUGACAAGAACAGGCAAAGCAUAUCCUUCCUCUCAGAGACCUCGGCCAAGCAGUCCUUUUUCUACUGACAGCAACACCAGUGCAGCUGUCACUCAGAGUCAGAGGCCGAGGCCCACUAAAAAACACAAGGGAGGCCGGUUGGACCAACCCCCCUUGCCUCAUCGUAGGGAGGGAAUAACAGACGAUCUUCCACCACCACCUGACCCACCGCCUGGUCAGGGUUUAAGGCAGCAAAUAGGCCCGGGCCAGCGUGGAGGCUCGGCAGAGAGGAAAGGAAGCUCUCUUGAGAGGCAGCAUGCACCCAGCGUAGAUGACACAAAGAGCUCCUUGGACCGGCAAGCUAGGACAUCACUAGAGUGGCAGCGGCAAACCCAGGAGUGGAUAAGCUCUGCAGAACGCCAAGAGGAUUUCAGGAAAGCCCAACACAAGCAAGCAUUUGGAUCAGAAGAGGCGCUGGUACCAUAUAGUAAACCCAACUUCCCAUCCCCUGGCGGCCACAGCUCUUCAGGAACAGCUUCUUCUAAAGGAUCCACCGGACCUAGAAAAGGUGAAGUCUUGCGAGGAGGUCACCAACGCAAUGCCAGUGACCUUCUCGAUGUAGGCUAUGUGGGAUCAAACAGUCAAGGACAGUUUACUGGUGAAUUAUAGUAGUUGAGAAGACACAUUGCAAGCUGCUCUGAUGGGCCAUCAGGGCUGAACUCAUGGAAGUGAUGACACUAAACAGUGCAAUGAACAUUUUCUUUAUUUAUGUACUAUUAAAAGAACUGUAAAUGCAAUGUAAAGACACACAGCCACACAUAUCCCACAGAUACUUGUGUUCUUCUCUUUAUACACCAUCCACCUUAAAAUAUUCCUUGUCAGGAGUAUACAAAAAGAAAAAAAAAAUCACCCUCCAGGAUGGAAAGAAUUUCCUUCUGUAUAUAAUUUCUUUUGUUGCAUUGCUAUGCAAGUUCACCUUCUUUUUAGCUAUGUUCAUAUUCAUGUCUGUUUUUAUUGGUCUGUUGUACUAUAUGUGAAUUAAUAGGCUGUGGUGCCAUAUAUUAACUUUUAAUUGUGUAACUUUUAUGUUUAAAGUUUGCACUGCAAUUUUAUUUGGUGAUAAGCACAAAACUCUACUCCUCAUGACAUGAAGAAAAAAAGAGACUGAAUGUGUUUGAAGAAAGUUUACGUACUGUAAGCUACUUUGGAUAAUGCUGGAUGUAAAGGAGUAUGUUAGAUGGUUUUCCAUUGGGGUGUAGAAAUGAGAAAGUGACAGGCAAAAAUGAUGUCAGUAAAGACAUUAGAAACAGAUUUAAAUCUUAUAAAAGCAGACAACAUAGUUGCUCUUCCUAUUUAAGAAGGGGUCAGAAGUUGGAAGUUUGAGUUUAAAGAGUGAAUAUGAAAAUUAACAGUAGCAUGAGAUGGCCUAGACCCUUUCACUAGAAUGAUUCCCUUUAGUAUCUGUUUUUAGCCAUCCAAUGCCAUUAAGUAAAGGUAAAGAAAAACAAACCUUGCUACAAACAAAAGAAAUUAAGGUGUUUCACUAAAGCUGUUUUAUAUUGCAGUUUUGAAAGAAUUAUUAUCAUUAAUUUCUGCAACCCAAAAUGUAAGUCAGAAAUUUCCCAAAAGAAACAAACAGUAUAAACUCAAGGAAUACCUAUUGAGUAGUUAAGGAUGCAAUCUAUUAUUAAAACUUAUUCAGGCUGCUUCUGAAAAAAACUAAAUGUCAGAGUAUUUUAUUUCAUCUUUCCAAUACAUGUACAGUACAAUAGUAAAUAGAGCUGCACCACUGAAAUUCAUGACAUUAAUUGUUUUGAUGCAGUCUAGAGAAACCUUUGUGUUCUGUUACCUGAAGUCUGUGAGAGCUGAAGUUGAUUUCACUAAAUUUUUAGUGUUUGGAAGGACAGUAACAGUCAAAUUAUUGUUUUAGGAAUAUUUUCUGCGAUGCAAUACAUUCAAAAAGUUGGAUACAAGCAAAGAAAAUCCUUGAACUGUUUUUUUAGUGAGUGGCUUCACACCCUACUAUAAUGAGGAAAUAAUGCAUGUUUAUACACUUUUUGAAUAAACCAAAGUCUGUAAGUGGACAUUAAUGACAACAUCCUGUCUCUUCAUUAGUUUUCAUUACUUUGUCCAAAUCUUCUGUACCUCUCAAAUCUCAAUGAUUGAAUUGUCAAACUUUUCUUAGAAUGUUGUAUAUAGGUAUCGCCGUCAUUUGCUUAAUUUAAAUAUUGCAUCCUAUAGCUUAUUUCUGUUAGUCUAUUUCUGACCAUGAACAUUUUUCCAUUUGAAUACCUUUUUCAUAUAAUCAGUCUAUGUUGUUUUAUAUAUUGCCUUGGAGCUCACCAGUAUUAAGGACACUUUUAGUAAUGGCAGAAUUUUAGAAGAGUAAAUUUCAAUGCUAAAUAUGUGUUGCUUUUCAUGUCAUUAACUUAUUCCAUGAUAAGAUAAAACACGACAGCCAUCAGCUAUAACUCAGCACUAUCAAAUAUUAAAAAAAUCAUAGUUAACUUCCUUAAGGUCAAGACUGUUAUUUAGCAGGUUACAAAAAGAGUUGAGAGAAAUGAAUGUGUUUAUCUAUAUAAGUGACCAAUGAGUACAUGUAAUUUACCUGCUUGUUUAAUCACUAUAGUUAAAACCAUUAUUUAAAAAUGUGCAAAAUUGUUCAAGCAAGAUAAAGAAGGCAUCAUAUAUACAUAUGUAUGGUUUUUUACUUUGUUAUUACUAUAUGAAAAGAAGAUUAUUCAGGGUACAAUUCAAAUUGAAUUCUCUGAAAAAAAAGUUCAACUAGUCACCAGUGAAAUAGUUCUGUUAAUUUGAAAGCUUGUGCUGAGCUUUGGUGGAACACCUUACUCACUAUAUCCUACUUAAAAUUCAGUAUCAUUAAAAGUCGAUGAAGCCAUCCCAAUUACUUUCAAAUAUGUGUUUUAUCUCUUCUACUGGAAAGUAAAUGUGUGUCAGUAUUAAAGCUGUGCAGUACCAUGAUAUUCACUAACUUGUCCAUCUGCUUCUGUACAUUUUUGUUCAUUAAUAAUUUGCUUACAAUAUUACAUAAAGUGUGUUGUUGUGUAUCGCAAAGUGUCUCCAUAAUCUUACAGGUGAUGUCUCUUCUUUUUUUUCUCUCUUUUCUAUACAGUGUACUUCCAAUGAACCACAGUACAUAUUUUUUAAAAUGCCAUUUAAUUUACUAUUUUAAAAGAAGAAUUCUCCUUUUUUUUAAAAAAUGGAAAACAUUUAUUGUGAAUAAUGUGUUUAAAGAAAAGGGAUGUUGUGGCAGCACUUAGAAUUGUUUUUUAAUUUGUUUUUUAAAAAAAUAUUUAUUGGCUACAGUUUGUUCACGAAAAAGUAUGACCUCUUAAUGUGUUUCAUUGGUAUUGUUAGUGCAGCAAAGUUUAAUUGGCAUAAAAAGUUGGUUAAUAGUCCUGUUGAAGUGUGUAUUGUAUAUUUACUGGGGAAAAAAAAAAUAAAACAUACUCACAUUUCAAAUCUAUGUUAAAAUACCUUGAGUAAGGAGUCAAUAUGUGAAAAUCCAAACUGGUAACAAUCAGGCAAUAAUAACAUAGACUGAACUAUAAUCAUCACUGUCCACUUACAGGUAACAAGGAUCAUUUUAUACCCUGUUUUUGAACUGUGUUAAUAGCUAUCUUAUAAAUAGCUCAUGGGAAACAUCAUCUGCCAUAGGGAUUUCUCAUGAAGCUCUUCUCCACGUUGGGAAUAGUUGUACCAGUGUAAUUACACUGAUACAGCUAUUCCAGUGAUACAGCCUCCUUUUGCAUACAUACUCUGUCAGUAUACAAUAAGGGCUGCAAACAUAUGGCGUACCUUGCUUAAAGCCCAUAAUCUAGUAUACAUGUACAAACCUGUGUUCAGUAGUUGAGCACCCCCUGACCUGGGGGGUCUUGUACUGGUGGAGUGACUGCCAACCCAGAAUAGGGUAUCCCCAGGAUGUAUACAUAGAUGCUACAUCAAACUUUCUCAAUCUUUGCUUGAACAUAUGCUCAAUUUUAAAUAUGGGAGGGCUGAAGAAUUGAUUAAUAAAUUAUUCCAUGUACUUCAGUGGUGUAUUGCUGCCAUAUCAGUGAUGCAAACAGACAUUUAUUUUUUGUUAUUUCUCAAGUCCUUACCCAGGUCAGUUAACCUUUUGAUUAAAUUUCUGAAAUGCCACGGAAACAGUGUUCCCUAGGGAAAAA